UUCAGUCUGGAGUAAAGGGGGGGAUGCUGAGCUUGAGCCCGACAGUGCUUCUAAAUACUAUGUGCGAGUGAGAGGGGGAUAAAGGUUAGUGUUGAAUAUCUAAAGAAAUAGAAGCUUCACCCUGCACCAAGUGGUGUACAGGGGGACAGCAGUCAGCCAUGGACACCACCACCUCCCUGAAGAUGACCUCCCUGGCCGUCCAGAGUCUGUUCAGCUAUGUGGAGGAGGAGAACCUGGCGGCCAUCAAAGCACAUUUGGACAAGUUCAAAGAUGUGGAUAGCAGGAGUGAUAACGGACAGACUCCCCUGAUGGUGGCGUCAGAGCAGGGCAAUCUGGAGAUAGUACAAGAGCUCAUUAGGAGAGGAGCCAAUGUUAACUUGGAUGACGUUGACUGCUGGACGGCGUUGAUCUCGGCGGCCAAGGAGGGCCACGUAGAGGUGGUGAGAGAACUGCUGGAGAACAAUGCUAACCUGGAGCACCGAGACAUGGGAGGAUGGACUGCUCUAAUGUGGGCAGCCUACAAAGGUCGUACUGAUGUGGCCGAGCUGCUCUUGGAAAAAGGAUCGAACCCCAACAUAACUGGUCAGUACAGCGUCUAUCCCAUUAUCUGGGCAGCAGGUCGAGGCCACGCAGAGAUUGUCCAUCUCCUGCUGCAGCACGGAGCCAAGGUCAACUGUUCCGACAAGUAUGGUACCACUCCUUUGAUCUGGGCCGCCAGGAAGGGCCAUUAUGACAGUGUGAUGCACCUUCUGGCUAAUGGAGCUGAUGUGGACCAAGAAGGAGCAAACUCAAUGACGGCUCUGAUUGUGGGAGUGAAAGGUGGCUUUACAGAGGUUGUUAAGGAGCUGCUGAAGAGGAACCCAAACGUCAACAUGACGGACAAAGACGGCAACACGGCUCUCGCCAUCGCUGCCAAGGAGGGACACACAGAGAUCGUGCAGGACCUGCUGGAUGCCGGCACCUAUGUCAACAUCCCAGACAGGAGCGGGGAGACGAUGCUGAUUGGAGCAGUGAGAGGGGGUCAUGUUGAGAUAGUGCGAGCUUUGCUGAACAAAUACGCUGAUAUUGACGUCAGAGGGCAGGAUGGAAAGACUGCCCUCUACUGGGCUGUGGAGAAAGGCAACGCCACCAUGGUGAGAGAUAUCCUGCAGUGUAACCCUGACACCGAGAGCUGCACUAAGGAUGGAGAGACCCCGCUUAUCAAAGCCACCAAAAUGAGGAACAUAGAUAUCGUGGAACUGCUGCUGGAUAAAGGAGCCAAAGUGUCUGCACUUGAUAAGAAAGGAGACACGCCCCUCCACAUUGCCAUCCGAGGUCGAAGUAGAAAGCUGGCUGAGCUGUUACUGAGGAACCCUAAAGAUGGCCGCCUUCUUUACCGCCCCAACAAAGCUGGGGAGACACCAUACAACAUCGACUGUACCCACCAGAAAAGCAUCCUCACGCAGAUAUUUGGAGCCAAGCACCUCUCCCCCUCUGAGUCAGAUGGAGACAUGUUGGGUUACGACCUCUAUAGCAGUGCUCUAGCUGACAUCCUGAGUGAGCCCACCAUGCAGCCACCCAUCUGCGUUGGACUGUAUGCUCAGUGGGGCAGCGGCAAGUCUUUCCUCCUCAAGAAACUGGAGGACGAGAUGAAGACCUUUGCAGGCCAGCAGAUAGAGCCCUUGUUCGAGUUCUCUUGGCUGGUUGUUUUCCUCACCCUCCUCCUCUGCGGCUCUGUGGCCGUGGUUCUGGGCUUUACUGUUGAUCCCAGGUUGGCAAUCGCUGUCUCCCUCAGUCUCCUUGCCCUGCUCUACAUCUUUUUUGUGUUGGUGUACUUUGGAAGUCGUCGGGAGAGGGAGAGCUGGAACUGGGCGUGGGUCAUCAGCACCCGUCUGGCUCGUCAGGUGGGUUACCUGGAGCUGCUGCUCAAACUGAUGUUCGUCAACCCCCCUGAACUUCCAGAGCAGACCACCCGCGCCCUGCCUGUCAGGUUCUUGUUCACGGAUUACAAUCGUCUGUCCAGUGUUGGAGGGGAGACCUCCAUGGCUGAGAUGAUUGCCACCCUCUCAGACGCCUGCGAGAGGGAGUUUGGCUUCAUGGCCAGCAGGCUCUUCAGGGUUUUCAAAAAGGAUGAGAUCCAAGGUAAGAAGUGGAAGAAAACUUGCUGUGUUCCCUCCUUCGUGCUGUUUGCCUUGACACUUGGUUGCCUGAUCACUGGUGUGGCCCUGUUGGCCAUCUUCAAGGUUGACCCUGAGAACUUGACAGUUAAUGCUGUGCUGAUAGCCAUGGCCAGUGUGGUCGGGCUGGCCUUACUGCUGAACUGUAGAACCUGGUGGCAGGUGGCCGACUCUGUUCUUAACUCCCAGAGGAAACGUCUUCACGGUGCUGCCAAUAACUUGCAUAAACUCAAGAGUGAAGGAUUUAUGAAGGUGCUGAAGAAUGAAGUGGAGCUAAUGUCAAAAAUGGCCAAAACCAUUGAUGGCUUCACUCAAAACCAGACGCGCAUGGCCGUCAUCAUUGACGGACUGGACGCCUGUGAGCAGGACAAAGUGCUGCAGAUGCUUGACACGGUCAGGGUACUCUUCUCCAAAGGCCCUUUUAUUUCCAUCUUCGCAAGUGACCCCCAUAUUAUCAUCAAAGCUAUCAACCAAAACCUCAACAGUGUGCUGAGAGACUCCAACAUCAACGGACACGACUACAUGAGGAACAUUGUUCACCUGCCUGUAUUCCUCAACAGCAGAGGCCUCAGUACAGCCAAGAAGCUCUGCAUGGUAGCCCCCACCAAUGGAGAGACACAGCCUGCUGAGGGAUGGCAUGAGGACAUGGAAAGAAAAAUGUCUCAGACCAACCUAGGCCAAGACCCUGCCAAGUUUGGCAGCAAGAACGCCCUAAACCGCAGGGACACAUACCGGCGUCGGCAUAUGCAGAGGACCAUCACCAGGCAGAUGUCCUUUGACCUGACCAAGCUGCUGGUGACAGAGGACUGGUUCAGCGACAUCAGCCCACAGACCAUGAGGAGGCUGCUCAACAUUGUUUCUAUCACAGGUCGCCUAUUGCGGGCCAAUCAGAUCAUCUUCAACUGGGACCGACUGGUGUCAUGGAUCAACCUGACAGAAGAGUGGCCGUACAGGACGUCGUGGAUCAUCCUGUUUUUGGAAGAGACUGAAGGAGUGUCGGACCAGGUGGCGCUCAAGAACAUCUAUGAGAGAAUCUCCAAGAGCAUCCCCACCACCAAAGACGUUGAACCGCUGCUGGAGAUCGAUGGAGACAUACGCAGCUUCGAGGUCUUCCUCUCAUCCAGGACGCCCGUCUUAACUGCCAGAGAUGUGGAGAUGUUCUUGCCCUGCACGGUCAACCUGGACCCCAAACUCAGGGAGAUCAUUGCAGAUGUGCGUGCAGCCAGAGAGCAGAUGCACAUGGGAGGAGUGACCUAUCCCACGCUGUCCCUGCAGGACCCAGGGCCCCGUCCACAGUCAGGUUACAGCCAGCUCUCUGCCCACUGCUCCCCGACAGGCUCCUUUCCAGGGACCCUGCCUCCUCAGCCCCACAGCGCUUACUUCAGCGGGAUGACGGGCCCUCAGCACCCAUUCUACAACCGGCCUUAUUUCCCCCACCAUGUGUAUCACCUGCCUCGGCAUUACUCCAACCAUGCCCCCUCAUCCCUGCGCCCCUCCAUUAAACCACCCGGUCAGACUAUGGACAACACCACUGGACUUGAUGUUAUUGCAGAGGACACCAGAGAAGGCCUCCCCUCCUGUCCCUCUGAACCUAACAUGGUUUCUCCUGCUGUCCUGCUCAGCUCUAUGAACACAGAUGCAGUGUGCGAGCAUCUCAAACAGAUUGACGGCAUCGACACCAGCAUGCUGCCUCAGUACAUCUCCACCGUCAAGAAGGCUAAUAUUAAUGGCCGAGUGUUAUCUCAGUGCAACGUGGACGAGCUGAAGAAAGAGAUGGAAAUGAACUUUGGGGACUGGCAGCUCUUCAGGGGAACGCUGAUGGAACAGCGUCACGCUGAAAGCCAGGCUCUCCUUCAGGAUGAGUCCCGAGCUGUGAGCGAGCAGGGCAGCAGUGUGCACCACGCCGAGCCCAACAGACGCUCAGGGGGAGCCCAGCAUGAAGCGACGGCCUUCAGCCUCAACCUCAGCUUCGAGGAGCUCAGCGGAGCCGGGCUGGAGGAACCACAGAGACACAGCAACAACUCUCAUUGGCCGGUGGUGAAUCACCGCACCUCCAGCAUGUCCAGUCUCAACUCUCAGGAAUCCUCCAAUGACAUCUGCAAGCUGACAGACAAGCAGCAGGCCGAGUAUCGUGAUGCCUACAGGGAGUACAUCGCUCAGAUGGCCACACUGGAGAUGUCCGGCGGUGCGGGGGAGAGGCCCGUGCAGCCCCACCCGGGACAGUUCCUGCAGGCUGCCAGCUCAGAUGACAAAGGGGCCAAGGAAGGAGCUGAUCAAGACAGCCGUAAGCCCUUCACCAAGAGAGGCUCCAAGGCGGGCGAUGCCACAGAUUUCCCCCCAGGGACCGACGCCCAGACCCUCGACCCCAUCAGUGAGGAGGAUGAGAAGUUGGACCACAGUGCUUCCUCCAGGACUCCAGCCUCCAGGAAGAAGGGAGCGGGGGCCUUGUACCACAAGCUGCCCAGUGAUGAAGACUCCAGUCCAGAAGAAGCUGACAACACCACACCUCUCCUCCACAGAGAGCCCGGUGCUCCCAACACCCUCAGGGGCUCCCAGCCCACCGGGCUGCUCACCAAGCCUGGCUUCCUCUCUGAAAUCCUGCUGGACAAGAAGGACUCGUCGGACUCAGGGAUGCGAUCCAGCGACAGCUCCCUGGAGGACCCUGAAGGAGACGCUGACAGAGAUGGUGGCGCACAGAAGGCCAGUCUGAUCGAGCUGGAGCUGGAGGGUCUGGUGAAGAAGAGAGGCCUCCUCCCGAGCAGCCUGAGCGGCCUGCAGGACACUGCGGUGGCCCGUAUGUCCAUCUGCUCUGAGGCCCCGUCAGAGGCCAGCCUGAUGGCCAGCAGCCCGGACGAGGGGUGGCCGUCCAGCGGGGUCAGCAACCUGAACCGCACUGAUAGCAACACCACUCUCAACAACAACACAAACAGCCCCAGUGACGCCAACACAACCAACAGUAACACCAACAACAGCCAUCAGCAGCAGUCCACCUGCUCUUCCUCCAAUACUGACGUGUCUCCAGCUGUCAUCACCAUCACCCCCGGCAGCAGCAGCACUGCCAACACCACCAUGGCCACCGUCCACAACCAAAACCUGCGCACCAUCAGUCUGGGAGAUGAGAGGGAGAGCGUCCUCUGAGGAAGCCUGUGUUACUGUGAGAUGGGUCACAUAGACUAGUUUUCGAUGUUGUUGUUGGUAGCGUAAUACUUUUGCUGUUGUGGUGUGCUAGAAAGAGUCGGAGUAGAUAUGUGUUCAAGUGUUAGGAAGGGAAGGUUCCGAGUGUUGCUGUGAAACAAAAGAAGUGCAUACGAAAGCUUUAAAGACUUCAUUAGCAACAAAACAAUCAACUUUAAUUUAAACCGUCUGACAUGUUGAUAAUGAUUUUGGCUUUAAGAAAACCAAAAAUGCAUUAUUAAGGUCAAGUUUUGAUCCUUUUGAGUGACAUUUUGCCGCCCCACAAUUUCGCCUCAUUUCAGUGUGGUUUGUUCCUCAUGCGAUUGCGGUGCUGUUACAGAAAGUGUUUAGGUACGAAAUGUUACAUGUUGUGGACAUCGCGUGUUACAGAAAAAUAAAUUCAGGAAAUGUAGCCAUGACUGAAAGACUCUUUAAGUUGCUGAGAACUUGAGUCCCUGAAGUGUUUGUGUGUAGCUGUGUUGGGUAGUUAGAACAUCAUUAAAUAGAUGGCAGUGUAGACAGUGGUGUGGUAGGGUGUGUUGCUGGCAGAUUCAGUGAUAGAAGAAAUGCAUGAACUCGUCUCCAAAGUGGUGUUUGUCUUCUCGAAAAAUCCUUUUGAGGUGGUGUUUGUGAACCAAUAAACAUUUUCACUAUGUUGACCCUUGAAA